AUGGGUGCGAUCGGUUUGAUCGAUCUGUCGGAAGUCGCAAAAAUUCGAGCCAAUGGAUUUUCAACACUCCUAAUGGUUGGCUUUGAACUUGGCGAGUUUCAACAAGACCAAACCGACUGUUUGAAACUGCCUCGUAGUUACGUUACACCGAGGGUACAGUUUCUGACAAGUCAUUUUCAAGAGUAA